UGAGAUGUUGUGUUCAUAGCAAAGCCUUUUUAUAUUUAAUGUUGUGACAACAUGUUUUGUUUACUGGUGGACGUAUUGUGACAGUGUCAUUCAAAUGUCGUUUGUUGUCAGGCCGUGUUUUAACAUACCUGCUGUCGUGGAACGAUUGACGCCAACAUUUACCUCUGCCUGUUCAAAUAGCAACUGUCGUUUUCUCCAUAGUGCGGGCACGUCUCGAGUCAACACUUUCUCCCUAUAUCUCCAUAAUGGGGACAGUUUAACGCACAAACGUCAAACAAGAUGGUUGCCUUUUGAAAGUGUACCCUGAGUUUUUUUUGGUUAAAGAAAUCAGGACCAUUCUGAAGCAAUUUAGCUUUGUUUGAGAAAGUUGUUUUGGAAGAAGCUUUGUGAAUUUCUUAAAGCACUAAACUUUUGUAUGUCUUGAGUUAAAAGAAUUAGUUUGGUAGCUUUUUUAACCUAUUUUCUCCAAGACAAAGGUGUUGCGUUUGUAAAAAGACUGUUCCUUGCAGCCAUCUUGUUUUUGGUUUUCGUGAGAAUUUGAUAACACUGUCAGCUAUGUCGAACCAAGGGCUCUUGAGCGCGCUUUUGUCGGGAUUCGGUUCGUUGUAUGGGAUCAAACUGGAGCCGGGGAAGGCGAAACUCCCUCCGCUGGAGCACGUUCCCGCCAUUCACGUUCACGAAGCAUGUGAGCGGUUGGACCAGGUAGAACCAGAACAGAUCAGUGCAGACAGACAGCCGUAUGAGACGGAGUCUCGCCCCUCCACCAGUACAGCCAUCAGACACAAGACUCUGGAGAGUCAUCUUCCAGUCAAGAGGGCCAAACAGCCCCAGAGUAAAGAGGAGUCUCCCAUCCCAGUUGUGGUGUCCCCUGGUUACGUGUUGUCACGCAGUCGCAGCAAGGUUGCCAUGACGAUAAAAACAGACGGCUUCUUUGAUCCGCCCAAGAAGGAAGUGCCGACCCACACACUUGACCAGGCAACACAAGACCUGAUCAGUGACUUGAGGCAGCAGAUUUCUGACCUAACCUUGUACCUAGAAGAAGAGAAGCUCAACCAUAGGGACACUAAGAAACAGGCUGCUGAAGAACUGAAGAAAAGAGAAGAAAAGUUGAACACGAGACAUGAAGAGGAAAUGAACAGGUUGGAGGAUGAGUAUGAGAAGGAGAUAGCUGACAUGAAGGCUGCUCAACAGAAACUCAUGGCCCAGGAAAAGGCUGCGUCUGAGGCUAUACAUAACAGACUAACCUCAGACCUCAACUUCAUGAAAAGUUCCUUUGACACCUACAAGACCCAAAUAGUUGAGGAGAUGGAUGAAAAGUGGGCAGACAAGGAGGCAGAACUUCACUUCAAGUUUGAGGAAAGGAUAGAGUCAGCUAUAUAUGAACAAAAGAAACAGUUAAUCCAUGAACACCAGGAUGAGAAAGCUGCUAUGAACCAGGAGUUUAAAAGACAAAUUCAGACCAUCGCUCGGGAACACAAAAGGGAAAUAGACGCAAUCAACAAAAGAUAUGCCAAUGCUGCUCAGGACCUAGAGAGACUAAAGAGAACAACAGAGGAACUCAAUAUUGCCCGUGUUGAGUUGGAAGACACAAAGAAACAACUGAAGGAAACAACCGAGAGUUUCAAGAGGACGUUACGUGAGCUACAAGAUGCUAAUGUGCGACUGAUAGACUUUGAGGAGAGGUUCCAUGAGAAGGUUUCGGAGGUGGAUGACAAGUACAGACAGAGGAUGCACAACCUCAUGCAGGAAAAUGCAGACUUACGGAAGCGGUACAUGUCCAAGUGUGAAGAACUGUACGAUGUGAAGUCGCAGAACGACAUCCAGGUACAGGAGAGAGUCCAGACUGCGAAGGACACGCUACAACAUGUCAUCAAGACCCGUCAUCGCGCCAACAUCAGCAUAGCUGCCUCCGAUCCCUCAUUGGACGAGAAGAAAAAGAUCCAACACAGCCGUCCUCUCAGCGCGCCGACCACGAGGAAAGAAACUGUAGAAGCGAAACUGGGAGAACUACAGAUUCAAGACAAGGACCAGACUAGUGUAAAAACCCCUCCAAGUGCCGGUAGACAAAAACUACUGCCCUCCAGACCACAGACUUGUGUAGGAAGGAGGGCUUGAGGCUUUCACAAAUGUUUUACAACUGUUAAUAUUUAAGUUGUACAUUUUGUCCAACAUUUUGUAUAUUAUGAAAGUUGGUAUUAUCUAUAGAUUUAUAUGCUUAAUUUUGCAUAAUUUCAAGAUUGACAGUAAAAGUCAGCAGAAAGAGAGUUGUUUGUGUAAAGCAAUUACAAGAAAAGCUGGCUGCUGAAAGCUUCCAAAUGUUUAUGGGGAGCAUUUUUUAAUAACAAUGUACAGUCAAACCAGAACAAGUGGCCAUCUCUACAUAAGGACUACUAGUACAAUAUACCUGUCCAAUGUGACCACUUUUUGGUGGUCCCUUAGAUACUCAAGCAUUAAGAAUCUUGUCUGUAGUGACCACCUGUCGACAUAGACCAGAUUUUAUCAGUCCCGAGUGGUCUUCUGGGGCAGUAUUCUAACUUUUGACUGUACAAUGUACAUACAUAUAGUAUAUACAGUUUUUAAUAGACUGAACUGCCAAAGAAGAAUAUCAGUCAAUGAUUGUAUCUUUUCCACCUCUUUUAAACCUCUUUGUUAUACCAUUUGUAAUAUUCAUCCAGAUAAUUCUACUUUAUAAUAAUGUACAUAAAACUAUUACCUCGCAAUGGGCUGCUAUGAAGAGCUGACAGCUUAAAAAAAGUAAUCAUUAAUUUGACUGGCUCAAAGUACAAAAUCUUUAUGAAUUAUGAUUAUCAUAGUUUCUACAUGUUCUUUCUAUGGAUUUCUUGGUACUUUCAUUUCAUAGCAGAAAAUGAACAAAUGGUCUAUGGAAGAGCUUUCAAAAGCAAUGUAUUACUCUUACUGGUUUAAGGGAACUUAUACUUUGUAUUGCUUUUUUCUUAGCUAUUUGAAAGUCUUACAUGAAUAUGUAUGUAUACUAGUAGUUGAAAAAACAAUGAUUUGAAGUGUUUCAAGUCUCUGAAUACAAAUUUUUUUCAAUUUCUCUUUAUUGAAUUCAUAAAAGCUUGCAGACCAC